AUGGACGACUACAUGUUUCAGACGUACGUGGCCGAGUGCAAGUGCGUCCGGGAAGAGACCAGUUAUCUCGAGAUCUUCAAUUACUCGGAUCCCUCCUUCAACACCUCCGAGGAGCACCGUUUCCGCUUCGACGAGCUUCCCGAUGAGUUUGGCAACUUUUUGCACCGAAGAGGGGCGUUUGCCCCUCCCAAGCUACGCCCCGGUGUCAAACUGGUUAGCGGAAUACGGUUGAUCCUCCAACAAAACGCACAGCAUUCCGAGACUUUCACGCCCAGCUAUCUAUCCUUGACACACCAAGCAUACGAGGAGAUGGUGCGGGCCUUGCAUCUACCGUUCCGUGCUAUCGAGGGCACCAGCGCUGUCGGGCCCUUCUUCUGGGGUGCCUUUGACCAAAACGACGAAGACCCGCAUCUACAAAUCAUCUUCCGCAAGUCCGACGUUCGCAAGAAGGGCAAGACACGCGGGUGGGAGCUGAUGCUGUCGCACUCGUUCCGCACGCACAUCACGACGGGCUACGCCAAGGGCACGGCGUCGUCCGACAUGGUCGAGAGCAUCAAGCACCUGCGGGCGUGCGCGGACCAGAUCCUGCACCCGAUGCUGCUGCCCAUCAUCAUCCUCAGCCACGACCUGUCGAUGAAGAACGACCAGAAGCAGCGCAACGCCCGCCAGUGGCUGCGCGACCUCGAGACCGCCGUCAGCAUGCGCUCCGAGGUGCUCGAGGAGGAGAACAAGUACAUCCGCGGCGCCAUGAUCGACCUCGACCAGAUCAACAUGGACCUCGUCGAGUGCCACUCGCAGGUGCUGUGGAAGCGGCCCCAGGCCUACCAGGAGAUCAUCAAGGGGAUCUGCCAGUCGAUGGACCGCUUCUGGGAGAAAGCGAGCGAGGACGAGGCGUACGGGGGCAGAGGCGGGGAGGUCGAUAAGCUGCACCGGAGCAUGAUGUCGCGGCUGGACUUUUACCAGGCCAAGCUAAAGGGCAUCGAGAACUACGCACACAUCACGCUGGAGCGGCUGACGAUCCAGCGGGCAGCACUCUACAACAUCAUCGCCCAAAAAGAAUCCAAACUCGGCCUGCAAAUGGCCGGCGAGCAGCGCCGCCUCGCCCACGCCGCCAAGCGCGACAGCACCUCGAUGAAGAUCCUCUCCCUCCUCGGCGCCAUCUUCCUCCCAGCCACCUACCUCGCCUCCAUCUUCGGCAUGACCUUCUUCAACUUCGUCCCCGACGGCGGCAACGAGCCAGAACCCCCCACCCCCACGGGCACCACCACCACCACCACAGGGGGCACAGCAGCAGCAGCACCACCCUGGAACCCCGUCUCCCCUUUACUGUGGGUUUAUUUCGCCAUCACGAUCCCCAUCACGCUGGCCAUCGUGAUAACCUGGCGGUGGUGGGACCGGCGGCGGGAGAAGCGGUAUGCGGCUGAGGAUAGGGACAUCGAGGAGGGGAUCGAGAAGAUGGAGGCGCAGAUCAUGGCGACGAUGCGCAAGCGGACCAUGAGCAAGAUGCGCACGUGGGAGGUGGGGAAGACGUGA